AUGGAUAUUGCCCCAAAUAGAUCAAGUCUGCAAGCCAUGGAAAAAGGCAAUAAGGAGUCUGUGAGAGAAUAUGCCCAAAGGUGGCGUGAAUUAACCGCGCAAGUAAAUCCUCCAUUGUUGGAAAGGGAGAUGACUGGUUUAUUUUCCAACACUUUUAAAGCCCUAUACUUUAAAUACUUGGUAGGUAGUGCUGCACAGAAUUUCUCUGAUUUGGUUGUCAUAGCUGAAAGAAUCGAACAAGUUGUUCGGACGGGUAGGAUCAUGGAUCCUAUUGAAAAAAGAGGUUUUGUUGGAAAAAGAAAAGAAGUAGAAAUUCACAAUGUCGAAAGGGAAAGUAGAGGAAAGAAAACCUACCAAGAUAAUUACAGUUUCAAAACCAUUACACCUACCCCCUCCAUAUCCAACAUAAAAUUCACCUCACCUACAAACACCAAGAAUAACCUAUCAAAUAACCAAACCAACAAUACCUACCGCCCAAGAAGAAAUUUUCCAAUAGACCAAAUAGAACUUCCACCACUAUCUAUACCUCUUACAGAGAUGUAUCAGAGGUUGCUCAGUAUUGGCCAAGUAGCAUCUAUUCCUUUAACUCUUUUACAACCACCAUUUCCCCAAUGGUAUAAACCUGAUAAAAAAUGUGAAUACCAUGCGGGUCUCGUGGGACACAAUAUUGAUGGAUGUUUUGCAUUCAAAAGAAGAAUCCUUCAACUCAUCAAAGCUGGGUGGAUUUCUUUUGAUGAAUCUCCAAAUGUUAAUUCAAACCCUCUACCAAACCAUACUUCUGGAAGUGGAGGAGUUAAUAGCCUGGAGAUAGAAAUGGGAAGUAAAGCAACGUUAAGGGUGACUAUGGAUAGAUUAUAUGGGAUGUUGAGGCAAACUAAUUAUCUGAAGACACCGGUCAGAAUACAAGCUGUAGGGGAUGCUAAUGAAUAUUGUAAAUAUCAUCAGCAGUUUGGGCAUGAUAUUGACUCGUGUGAGGAGUUUCAUUUUAAGGUAGAAAAUAUGAUGACAUUGGAAAUAUUAAGAUUGAUGAAACCCAAAGAAGAUGAGUUAGUAGGAACAAUGACUGGUUUUAACAAGAAAGUGGAAGUUUGUAGAUAUAUACCAACUGAAAGAGGUCCGCCAAAAAUGAUCCUAGCCAAACCUAUGAAUACUGUUAGUGGAAACUAUAAUGCCCAACCCUAUAAUUAUGGUUAUUCCUUUCACACCACAAGUCCUGCCCCUGUUUUCCAUGCCGAAAUAGGAGGACUCACUCGGAGUGGAAGAUGUUUUACUCCUGAAGAGUUGGAAAACCAUAGAAAGGCCAAAGGAAAGAAUAUGGUGGAAUUGGCAAAGACAAAUGAGGUUAAUAAGCCAGUAAGUGAUGAAGAGGCUAAUGAAUUUCUGAAAUUGAUGAGGAACGCACUUCAGAAGGUUCUUAAUGAAGCAUAUGUUCCUCAGGAUAUCACACAAGACUCCAUAGAACAUUUGGUGCUUAUAGAUAAUGGCUCUACUCUCAAUGUAUUUCCAAGGCAUGUACUUGAUAAAAUGCCAGUUAAUGCCUCUCACAUGAAGCCAAGUACCAUGACUGCUAGGGCAUACGAUGGGUCACCUAGACCAAUCAUUGGAAGUAUUGAUGUUGAACUAAUCAUUGGCCCCCAACCAUUCCAAGUCACAUUACAAGUAAUGGAUAUUCAUCCAUCAUACAACAUUUUACUAGGGAGACCUUGGAUCCAUGCAGCCCGAGUUGUCGCAUCUUCUUUACAUCAACAGGUCAAGUUCAUCAUCAAUGGGAAUUUGGUGACUGUGAGAGCUUAA